AUGUUCGGAAAGACACGCAUUCCACCCUACACCCCGCCGGCAGACGUAGUCCGUCGUCAAUAUGUAGAACAAGAUGAUGGCCGCUUAGUCUGGUUCUGGUACACUAAGGAGGGCGUCAUCGUUAAAUGGGCCGUGUUCUUCGGCCUCGCAGUUCUGUUUACUCUCUAUGUCGUCCUUGGCCGCCAGCACGCCAAGAAGCGUGUUCGCAGAGGCUUAAAGCCACUUGCUUAUCACAACUGGCUACUUUCCCGCCAUGAAAAAGCUGGCGUUGACCCCCGAUACGCCUGGCCGCAAGCUUCGUAUGCCAACUAUCAAAAUGGCGCGCAGUACGGGCAGGGGGCAAACGGCAUGUAUCCUAUGCCACCCCCUGUUUAUGACCCGAACAACAGGCCGCCGAUGUACGAAGGUGGUGUUCCUCCCAUGGGUGGCUCCAAGGUCGAUCCCGUCCAGACCGGCAUUGAGCCCGCUCGACAACCAGACAACGACUACGCGCCACCACCUGGACCGCCGCCAUCUGCUGCGCAGAGAUGA